AUGAGUGCAGAUAUCUUACCCUCUAUACGACGCUUUGUCGCCGUCUUCUACUUCCCCGGGCAACCUCUGCCGGUUCCGGUCAGAACGGGCGCUGAACUGAACUUCCUCCCUGACAACGUCUUCCGCCGCCACCGCCGACUCGCCGUCUUCGACAUGGAUUCUACCCUCAUCCAACAAGAGGUAAUCGACGAGAUAGCACGAUCACUCGGCCCUGUCUUCCAGAAGCAAGUCUCCGAUAUCACCGAACGUGCCAUGAAUGGCGAGCUGGAUUUCACCGCGUCGCUGCGCGAGCGCGUCGCCCUGCUGAAAGGCGUCAAGGUCUCGGUCUUCGAGGAGCUUAAGUCCGUCAUACGGAUGACGCAGGGGGUUCCCGACCUGAUUAAGGUGCUGAAGCGGCUUGGGUACAAAACAGCAGUGCUGUCCGGUGGAUUUAUGCCGUUGACGGGUUGGCUUGCGAAACAGCUGGAGUUGGAUUAUGCACAUGCGAACAACUUGGUGGUCUCGACGGAUGGGAAGACGUUGACGGGAGAGCUAGAGGGGGUCAUUGUGAAUGCGGAGAUGAAGCGGGACCUGGUGUUAGAAAUUGCGCAGAAAGAAGGCAUAUUGCUGGAGCAGACGCUCGUGGUUGGAGAUGGCGCUAAUGAUCUGAAGAUGAUGGGCGUGUCAGGUCUUGGUGUGGCCUUCAAUGCGAAGCCGAAAGUACAGGUCGACGCCCCAGCACGGUUGAAUUCGAGCAGCCUGCUAGAUGUCAUGCAUCUUCUAGGAUUUACGAAAGACGAGCUGAAUGAUCUCUUGAUAUAACUUCCACUCAGUUCUCAGUUACAGGUACUACUGUACGCCGAUUGGAUGGGGACACCACAUGUCCAGCAUGCCGAACUCCUCAAGCUACGAGCAAUUGCUUAGCAAGCGAGCAUGAAUGCGCUCAUUCUGCGAGUGCAGGUUUGGGGAGUAAUUAUCCCUAGGUAAUUAAUUAUACCUCACAUCUUAACUCUCGACGUGCAUGUCC